CUCCAGCACCAUAACAACAACAUUGGAAGAUGGCGAGCGGGGAGGAGGUAGGAGCCGCGGUGGGUCGGGAUCCUUUCAUGUCCUCCUCGACGGACGCCUUGGAGGCCCUGUUCCCGGCCGGGGAGGCCGAGCGGGCGGCCGGGGACGGCAGCCCGGAGCUGCGGCGGCUCCGCGAACGUCUGCAGGGAUUGCUGGCGCAGUACGAGCUCGCCGUGCUCUGGGUGCAGAGGCUGCUGGUGUGGGAGAGGCCACUGCACAGCAUCGUCGUCGCCUGCACGCUGAAUGGCGUGUUCUGGCUUCUGUCCUCCACGACCCUGAGACCCCUGUUCCUGCUAAGCCUGUCUCUGCUGGGGCUGGUGUUGCUGGAGAGGUGGAAAGACAAACUGCCUGCCAUCACAGUUCGGUACCCAGAAGCCUCCGGAAGUGACACAGAAAAUAUAGCAGUGCAUCCCCGGCUCCUAAGUGUUCCAGAGCUUAGUCACCAUCUGGCUGAGAGCUACCUGACCUGCAGCCUCUACAUUCAAGAAAUGCUGCAGUACAAACGGCUCAAUCAUGGCAAGUUCUGUGCGAUGAUGUGUGCAGGAUGCUCAAUUUUGGCUGUUGUUGGACAUUACAUCCCAGGAAUAAUGAUCUCGUAUAUUAUAUUGCUGAGUGUACUGCUCUGGCCACUGGUGGUAUACCAUGAGCUGAUUCAGAAGAUGUACACUGGGCUAGAGCCCAUCCUGAUGAAACUCGACUACAGCAUGAAGGGAGGCACGCAGCACCGCAAGCAUGAGAAGAAAAAAAUGAAAAAGGAGCCAGAAGGAAGUGAAGAGGCGCUGGCAGAGACCGAGAGUGAAAGUGAGGAGGAGCUUUCCUGUUUCUCUCCAACUGUGGACGUGAAGACGGCUGCUCUCGCCUUGGCCAUCACAGACUCGGAGCUGUCUGAUGAAGAGGCCUCAAUUCUGGAGAGCGGUGGAUUCUCUGUCUCCAGGGCAACAACACCACAGCUCACUGAUGUGUCAGAAGACUUGGACCAGCAGAGCAUGAACAGUGAGCCAGAGGAAACCUUUUCCAAAGACUUGCCAGAGUUCCCCUCAGUGGACGAGUACACCUCGAUCGAGCAGGGGUCCCCCCGAGGCUGUGUGGGCCAGCAGCUCGAGACCGCCCUGGCAGCCCCUCCGGGGCCCGGGGGGCAGAGCCCCGCAGGUUUCCUGAUCCAGAGCCUGGCGUCCCCUCUGCAUUUCGUCAACACGCACUUCAACGGGCACGGGAGGCCACCAGGGACUGGAGAGGAGGCUCAGGGCCAGGGGCUCUCCCUUGAGGCCCUGAGCGAGGAGAUUGUCAGCACGGCCAUUUCCACUGUGGUACAGAACACUCUGUCCGCCCUCCUGCGCUCCAGCGAGGCCAGCGAGGGCCCCUCUAUAGCCGAAUUCCUCCCUCCGGAGCCCCAGACGCCCCUGACUGAGACUGACCUGAAAGAGGAGACUGAAAGCCCUGCCCAUGAGGCGACGGCACCUGGGGGCCUGGAGGAGGAAGAUUUCGAGCUGCUGGACCAAAGAGAACUGGAUCAGAUGGACGCGGAGCUGGGCCUGAGCUCAGAGCCGAGGGAAGAAGAGCAGGAACUGACAGUGGCGCAGCCUACAGAGACACCCUCUUCCUGCCCGCAGACGGAAGACUCCUAGCUUUAUCGCCAAUUCGAAGAUGCUUCUCCUGUUUCUAAAUAUAAGCAUAUAAUUACGUACCAGGGUUUUGCUCAGUGAAAUGUAGCCACAUUCACAAGAAAUUUAAUUCAGUCCUACUUACAAAUGUAAUCGAGAGAGCGUGGUCAUCGUAGCUGAAACUUUUACCAUCGCAAAGAAUUUGAUUUGACCGGACCAUGAUUUAUAGUAUAUUAGGUGGUAGGUUACUGAGAAAAUGAUGUUGGCAGUGUGCUGUGAAAUGAUUUGGUUUUCACAAAUGUUUUAAACAAAGUUUGAUUAAGGCUGUGUUUUCUGUCAUGCCUGACAGAUAUGUUGACAGUGGACUAGUUUUAUGUAAACAUAACGGUAAGGUUAUCUGUAAUCUUUAGUAACCCGAUGAUGAAUAAUAAAUUGUACAUAUACCUGAAUUCAUACAUGUAUACAUGCCAUGUACAGAGACACAAAAUGGCAUUUCUGGAGUAAGCAGCUUGUUAACAUUUUUAGUCUUCUAUUGAAACAUUAAUUGACAGUAUGGCUGUCAUUUUACAGAACAGGUCUUUACAUUAUGGAAACUGAAUCAAGUUGCUUUAUGGAUUUGGAAAUACAAAAAUGUAACUUAUUAAAAAUAACAUACAUAUAUUUCCAUCACUUGUAUAUACCUUAGUUUAGUGAUGAGCGCAAUGACAUACACGAGUACACCAUUUCCUUGUGAAAUCAUGUUGGUGACUUUCAGGAUGGUAUAAGGAAGUGAUGUUUGUUCUGGGAAGGAUAAGUAAAUCUUGCCUGCCUGAGUACAGACUGCCUCAUCGUUUGGCCAUAGGCAUGAACAUAUUGGUAUUCUAUCUGUGUACGCAGAUAAAGAAAUAUUAGGAAUCGGGGUUCCUGCGGUUUUGUAAUGGUAAGCAUCAAUAUUGUUUUUGCUGACCCAAUUGAAAUUGUCUGCAACAUGCACGAGACUCUAGACCCAUUCCUCAAAAGGUGGGCAUUUUCUGUAGGUGUCAUCUUGAAUUGUGUUUUGUGAAAUAUGUCUGUUUUUUUUUUUUGCAUGACUUUACCUCAAACCAUAAUAGGGAUACAUGGGAACAAGCUACCUUUGUCCUUGUGUAAGGAAGUGAUCUUUCAGCUUCAGCUGAUUCUGUGUUGGUGCACAACAGACAAUGUAUCUUGGGACAGGAGUACUUUGAGAACUCUUGGGUAAUCUGAGAUGUCUUCUCCCCCGUUGUGAUGAAAAUCACACCAUUAAAUGUUUAACAUUUUGAAAAGGCCAUGCCGGGCGUUCAGAAGCUCAAUAGUUUUGUGUGUAGAUGCUCUCUGAUCUUAGGAGAACUUGAAUUAUGACAUUUUUGGAAAGGGACAUUUAUUACUUAAAAUGGUGACAUUUUUCAAGUCUCCUUCUAGUCUUUUCACCACUAUAGUAAAAAGAGACUUAUCCAUUGAUAUUGGUUUACAAACCAAAGUAAAUAUAUUGAAUCCUGUUAUGGAUUCAAUAUUAAUACAGGCACAUUCAUACUAUUAACUAUUACUUAUUUCUCCUGUUCUUUAAACUCCCUCAUUUAAAAAACUCUAAGUUAUCUGUUCGGCUUUGCACUACAAUGGAUAAAGAUUACAAAUCUAAAUGAUCAGAUUUUUAUAUAUAUUCAGCCUACAUAAAUUUUAGUUAUUGACUGAUAGUGGUGUUCCUCAGUUUCUGCCCUUGAGAGCCACAGUCUUCUAGGUUCCAUCUGUUUAUCCAUUUUUUACAGUACUAUAAAGCUUGCUGAUCUGUUAUCUUGGGCCAGAGUUGAAGAACAGAGCUACUUGAGCAUUCCAAAAUGACUAUUCAGCUUUGGAACAAAAGUGUGACACCACAAUAGAGAUGGCACUUUAAAAUGUGGUCUGAGUAUGUGUAGUUAGUUGUGCAUCAGCUAAAGAAACAAAUUAAGUGUGAAGUCUGGAGGGAGUAGAAGCUUAGUCUGCAAAACCUUAGGAUCCUUGUGUUUUUACUUCCACUGAACAGUUUGUUUAAUCUGAAUGAUUCAAUCAGGCUUCAUUUUUAUCAAUUGUUUUGUAAGAGAGGUAGAAGGGUUGAGGCUUCUAGGAAUGCUGUUGCCUGUAUGUUUCAUUCUUCCCAUAUUCUUAUACGAUUGUGGAUGUUAUCUUUUAAAAAAGUAAGCAUUUUACUUUGAGCUUGAAGAUGAAACACAUGCUUUGUGAUCAAAAACACUGCUUUGUAACGUUUUUAGUAAGUCCGGGUAUCAUCCCCAUCCAUUAACUACGUGGAAGCCCAUUCAAAAGUGAGAACAGGAGGUACAUAUGUACGCAAAGGGGUGUAGGAGGAUGCAACAAGCUUGCUACCCAAUCAUCUUGUUGAAUCCAGUACCCUGAGAUCCAUGGAUGACUAGCUAUUGCCAAAUGGCCUCCUCUCGUUUGUAACCUUUUGUAGAUUAUACUCUUAUUUUUCAAACCAAAGUUAAAUUAAAUUAAUCCAAAUACGAAGUUAUCAGGAAGGUGCUACCUGCUCUUCUUCUGACUGGUUGUGCUUUUAUUUCAGUGGCCCCAGCAUAGAGACUAAAGUGAAUUAAGUAUAAUCUGCCACGAUACCUGUUGUAAAUGAAAACAACUUGAUCCUGUCAAAUCUUAAGAGUUUAGAAAAAGGGAAAAUCCAAAAUAUAGCAGGGUAUUGCAGAUUUUUUUCUGUUCAAAUUAUUGAUUGAAUUGUGAUUUGCGAAGUGUCAAUUUUAAAAUCUGCGAUGUUUGUAAGAAUUUGAGUUUGGCUGAAAGGAGCAUGGCAAUUUUUUAUGUUUUCUAAAUGAAAAUAGUUAUUGUGACUGUAUAUGCAGCCUUGCAUAGUAUUUUGGCAAACCAAAAAUCGGUUACUUACAGUAGUAUUACGGAUUAAACUUGGUAAGGAGUGGGAGUUUUUAUUGCAAGCAUAGUUUUAGUCCUUCCAGUUCUUUUUCCUACUUGUGUGGUGUAUACCGGUUCCUUGAUAGAGAUCGGACUUUUUUUUUCUUAGAUUCCUCAGUUUCCUUUGUAUCUUCUCAUUUCAAGAGCGCUCACAUAGCCUCUUUUUAAAAUUUCUCUUCAGAUAGCCCUGUUGAUUAAUCAUGGUCAGGAGGACUCCAGUGGAGGGGACAGAACUUCUUUCCUAACAUUUUACGCAUGGAAUGGACCUUGUCUUGUGGGAAUCUGGAAAAGUUGUAUGAAUUCAAUGUUUGAAAAGGUUUGCCAGUAGUCGUUAUUAAAUCACUUUAAUUUAAUAUUCAAAAACCUGUAAAAAUUACUUUGUACACGACCUAUAGUGCUUCUAUUGCAAACGUAAAAGGCAGAGCAGUGCAGCCAGGAAGAAUUGCCUCUACAUCACUACUUGUUAUAAAGACACAGUGGUAGUAAAUCACCCUUUUGAAGCUUUCUAAGUGUUAGUACAUUAAUGUUCUUUACCUGCAGACCUUUUGUAAUGAUAUUGUUUCCAUCUUGCCAGAAGGCUUGCUACAAGUACCCAUUGGUUGUUAUCUGCAAUUAAAAGAUCUCAGUUUUUCAGAGUGAUUUCUGAUUUAAUUGUCUGGGCAUUGUUCACAUUCUAUGUAAGCUGAUGUACAGUUUUGACAGUUUCACACAUUGGCUAAAAAAAAAUCAAUUUAUAUGCCUGAAAGAAGAAUAUCUCAUCAUACGUCAGGAUCUUAUAGGGUCCUGGGAAGCCAUGAAGGUCUUGUAGGUCACCUGUGUGAUGUGUCAUUUGUGUUUUUUAGCACAAGGAAACUCAAUUGGGUUUUAGAUCUUUACAAAUUGAUGUUUUAAAGGUGACUUUUACGCCUUCUCCAGAACCUGUAGUCCAAUAUAUAGCUCCAGUUAUACAGUAUAUAGUAUUUUAGUAAUGCAUAGUAUGUAAGAAACGGGCUCUGAGCAUGCAUCAAGGAAUUGUUGCUGUAAUGAUCAUCAUGAAGUAAUCUGGGGAAAGAUGAAUGUUUUGCCUCCGUUGUAUAGUCUUGUAAACAGUCUUACAAUUGUAACACAAUAACAGAUGAGAAUUAAAGUAAUAACGUACUGUACUCCGCAGUGAAAUGUUUUUUUUUUAUUAAACUCAUUCUUCCAUUGCCUUUUCUUUUACUAAA